UGUAAUAAAAGAAAACCUAGGCCGAAGGAUGUCGAUCGGUUUAACUACCGUGUGUUCAUUGGUAGUCAGUGAAUGGGAAGAGUCAUUGAUAAUGACAUCCUUCUAUGUUGGCUUCAUCCACCGUAUUGCCGAGCUGUGGACUUCAUAAGAAGAAGGAUCCAUGGAAGUCUAUGGUAUACUUCUUCUCUUCCAAACAUCCUCUGUUAUUUAAAUCUGCCUCUUUUCCCAACCUUCUCUGUAAGCAUAUCUUCAAGCAAAGUUUGUUUGACAACUAUCUUGAGCUCUUUCCACAUACUUAAAGUCUUGGUUGAUCAUCUACUUUCAACCUAUUUCUGCUUAUCUUACUCCCACACAAAACACUCCACCUCUAUCUAUCCAUUUACCUUGAUCAUAUCCUCCUAAAUUUACAUCAACACAUCACAUCAUGGCACCCUCAGCCGUUAGUCCUAGAAUUCUAACUCCUACUUCCCUCACCUUCCCUACAUCAGAGCACACAAACUCUUCCCUCAGCACCAGCACUCCUAAUUUCCACGGCUACGACCAUAUAACCUGGUAUGUAGGCAAUGCCAAACAAUCCGCCUCAUAUUUCUGCACACGUCUCGGUUUUCGAACUAUCGCCUACAAGGGUUUGGAAACAGGUUCCCGUUAUAUCGCUUCGCAUGUUAUUGCUAAUGGCAAGAUUCGUUUCGUGUUAACUUCGCCUGUGAAAUCAUACUCGGGUUUGAAACAUGAUGAACCUAUCACGGAGAAGGAGAGAAACUUGUUAAAGGAGAUCUAUGAACAUUUGGAGAAACAUGGGGAUGGGGUUAAGGAUGUAUCGUUUGAGGUUGAUGAUGCGGCGAGUGUGUAUUAUAAUGCAGUAGAGCAGGGUGCUGUAGGUGUCCAGAAGCCCAUCAAGUCGGUGGAUGAGGAUGGUGAAGUUGUGAGUACUUAUUUUUCUUGCUUGCUUCAUUCAUUAUUCGGAAUAUACUGAUUUUCGUCCAUUUAGACAACCGCAAUCAUCCGCACCUAUGGUGAUACAACACACACCCUAAUUACUCGUUCCAACUACACCGGACUUUUCCUUCCAGGCUAUCGGGCUAGUCCAGCUUCAAAGAAAGACCCUCUAGAGGCACUUCUCCCCUCCAUCCCACUCGAAGCCAUCGACCACUGCGUCGGCAACCAAGACUGGGGAGCCAUGCAAUCCGCCUGCGAGUACUACGAAAAAUGUCUCUCCUUCCACCGUUUCUGGUCAGUCGACGAUUCUCAAAUCAGCACCGCCCAUUCCGCUCUCAACAGUAUCGUCAUGGCAUCCCCCAAUAACAUAGUCAAAAUGCCCAUCAACGAGCCCGCCCCCGGUCUCAAGAAAAGCCAAAUUGAAGAAUACGUAGAUUUCUACUCAGGAGCAGGCGUCCAACACAUCGCCCUCCGCACACCCGAUAUCAUCACCACAGUUACGAAUCUCCGCGCGCGCGGUGUAGAAUUUAUCUCGGUCCCUGAAACAUACUACGAGACGAUGCGAGAGCGAUUACAGGAUAGAAAAGCGGGGCAUAAAUGGGUACUCAAGGAGGAUUUUGAGGAGAUUAGAAAAUUAUCUAUCUUGAUUGAUUUUGAUGAGGGUGGGUAUUUGUUGCAACUUUUUACGAAACCGUUGAUGGAUCGGCCCACGGUUUUUUUGGAGAUUAUUCAGAGAGAGGGGUUUGAUGGGUUUGGAGCGGGGAAUUUUAAGAGUCUUUUUGAGGCUAUUGAGAGGGAGCAGGAGGAGAGGGGUAAUUUGUAAAUUGUGAGUGGUUAGUGGUUAGUGGGGGGAGGGUGGUUGGGAGGUGGUUGAAAAGCUUUAGUGUAUGCAGUGCAUGCAUGGAAUAUGGAGCAAAACGCAGAAUGUAGUUACGAUUACAUAUUAGGUGAUUAGUUUACUUUACCGGGACUUGCUUAUCGGGGCAGGAAUAACGGUGUUUGGGAUUCGGGUUUGGAAUAUAUGUAUAUGUAUGCAUAUACAGCUUUAUGAAUGAUGAUUAUUAGUUUAUUAUAUCUUGGCGUGAA